AUGGCGUUCUGCAAGGACUUCAACGCUCGCACACAGAAAUACAAAUCGGAAGCUCCAAUCGCUGCUACUGUGACGGUUUUCAAAGACAACACUUUUGAACUUAGCGUUCGCUCUCCUUCAGUCACCUGGUUUCUAAAAAAAGCCGCCGGAAUUGACUCCGGGAGUGGACGUGCAGGUCAUGUUGUUGCAUCAACCCUAACCCUAAAACACAUCUAUGAAAUCGCAAAGGUGAAGCAAGCAGAUCCGUAUUGUCAGUACAUGUCCUUGGAGGCGAUUUCAAAAUCAAUUAUAGGUACUGCUAAAUCUAUGGGGAUUAAGGUUGAAAAGCAGUUGGAUUGA